CAGCAGGCUGUCACUCUAAUCUUAGAACCGUCACGCGGCCGCUGCCGAACACCCCCCAAGAGGUCUCCCCCCAGAUGUUCCCGCGCGACCGACAGCCUGGUUCACAUGCCAGCUCCAUCUCGCAUCGCUCUUGGCCUGCACAAACCAACACGCUCGUGCGGCGACCCGUGCCCAAGGCCAAAAGACCCAUCAGGCACUGAUACCUUCUGCUUCACACAUUGGGGGAACUUUCUUCAGGCGGCCGCCCACACGGUCCGAGGCUUGCCUUGUUCUACGUACGGGCCGCAGUCGGGAGCCUUAGGUCCUGACCGGUGCCUGCGCGCCCACAGCCCCGCCGUGAUGGCUCCAAACCAUGCCGUCGUGGAUGGCAAUGGCCUGCCGGUCAUCGUGCAUGGCAAGCAGAGGCAGGGCCCGUCCACCUUCGACUGGAACACCCACAUGCCGACCAUCAGGCGCCUGUACAUGGACGAGGACCGCACGCUCAAGGAAGUGGUGAGGAUCAUGAGGGUGGAGCAUGGCUUCGUUGCGUCGGAGAAGAUGUUCAAGACCCGGCUUAUCAGCUGGGGCCUGCGGAAGAACAUCAGGCUGAGGGCGGGGCGGGAUGACGACGUUGUUCAGAAGCUCGCCUCGCCCGCCAACGACACACAGCCAGUGCCCUACUGGACCCCAGUAACAGCAAGGAGCCGCACCGUCCGGCUCUCGAAUGGCCUGGCCGUCGACGCCGACCGGUUGGCUGAGCACGUGCGCCGCAAGAGAUACCGCUCGAAGCGGAGCAACUCCCCACCCAUCACGACCGUGCGGCCGCCGGACUCGUACUGCAUCUUCGAGGCCGUCUUUUCCUCCGCCCAGAACUACUUACUGGGCCGUUUCCAGGGCGUCGUCACCACCGGCGAGGGUCUUGACCGGGUGCGCCAGGCGGACCAGCUGGUGACCCGGUGGGUCAGCUACAGCUCCGCCAUCAGGGCCGCCACCCUGGAGAGGCCGCUCCUGAAGAGGUCCGCCGCCGCCGAGAAGCAGAUGUUCAACGACGCGCUGGUGCUGAUGCGCCGGGCCCCGCAGGAGCUCGGCGCCCUGAUCCGCCACCAGCCGGCAAACGUCACCGGCUACAUCUUCUUCUUCCUGAUGAUCAGCACCCGCCGCAACGUCUUCCCGGACGAACCCAUGGCGAAACAGUUCUCGGCCGUCGUGAAGGCUCUGAUGAGGUACAUGGCAGUGGCCUUCUCCGGCGACGACACCGACCUGCCCAUACCCCUGCGCCAGCUGCUUCGGAACAUAGCGAGCAUUGAAGACGAAUUCCUGCUGAACAGGCUCGCCGUUCAGGCGUGGAAGCUCAACUGCAAGACCUGGGAAUCCUUCCUGGGCGGCCGGGGUGGCAGCAAGACCCUGAUCAACGACUGGCUGUCUUUCCAGUACGCCGGCGAGUCCAACGAGCUACCAAAACAUUUCGGGGAGUACAUCGAUGACACGCUGAGGAGGGUCGAGCCCAAGUACGGGCCUUCGUAUGCCCAGAUCCUCUGGUAUUCUGCCCAUUAUCGCUUCACAAAGGACAAGGACGCCGGACUGGACCCGAAUAUGAACGAGGAGCUCAUAUCAAUAUACAAACAGAUUCUGCGGUCCUCGCCGACUCUGGUGCCACGGGUGAACGCUCUCAGGAUGCUUGCGGAGGUAAGCAAGGCCCGCGGGGAUGGUGAGGCGAUGGAGGCAUACCUGCGUGAGGCAAUCGAUGUGUUGCGCACCGAGCGCGGGGAAGACGAGCCGAUGAUCCUGACUUACAUCACCGAGCUAGAAGGCUGGCUGGAUGAGUUGGGCUUAGUCGAGAGAGCAAGGAUCGUGUCCGAGUGGAAGACGCAUUACACGAGGCCCUUGCCAGAAUAGAGAACCAUGGGCGGUAUCUCCGGGCUCUAGAUAUGAUAUGAUCAAGCAAAGAUACCACUGCAACCACGCACCCACAAGUUGCCCGUGCUUGACGAGGCCGUGUGACCAUGUCAGACACACGACCGUCUCCACACUCUGAGAAUCAUCCACAAGAGGGUACAGAAGCUAGUUAUAGGGUAUCAAGUUCAAGGCUAGUGAGCUCAACACCCAUCCACAGCCUUGGAAAUUAAGAUCAACACGACGGAGGGCUAGGAGAGAGCUCCCACUACGGGCAGCAAGGUGGCACAUACCUAGGUAUGGUCGUACUCUACCACUUUUGCGGCAUGGCAUGAUCACAAUAGUGCAGUGAAUGAAGUUAUGGGGCCAACUGGGCAAGGGCAUCAGAGCCUCUAUAGAAUGUUUCGUGGUUCGAUCAAAUAGCAAUCUGGUCACAGCGGCCAUUAGUCUGUAUGGAAUUCAGCAGGCAGGAGCUUUGCCAUUGUACCAUGUCGACUCUUCCUGCACUCAAGCACGCUAAGAUAACGAGUGUCGAUCUUCCUCUAGACUCCAAGGCCAUACAAAAAGACAUACUGGUCAAUACAAUUAUAUACCUGCGGA